CCCACCAUGGCUUUUAAUGCAUUUCCAACUAUCGAUCAAUGUGCAUCAGUAGGUCGAGAAAAGCACACGGUGGUUGCCGAUAUGGACGGAACCUUGCUCAGAGGACGUAGCUCUUUCCCUUACUUUGCACUAGUUGCAUACGAAGUUGGUGGGGUUUUGAGGCUCCUUUUCUUGCUAUUAGCUUCACCAAUCGCUGGUCUUCUGUAUUACUUUGUUUCAGAAUCAGCGGGAAUCCAAGUUCUUAUCUUUUCCUCAUUUGCUGGAAUGAAGGUGAGUGAUAUUGAGUCAGUAGCACGUGCGGUACUGCCGAAAUUUUACUCUAGUGAUAUCCAUCCUGAGUCGUGGCGCGUGUUUUCUUCGUGUGGGAAACGGUGUGUUCUAACGGCGAAUCCCAGGAUAAUGGUAGAAGCAUUUCUGAAAGAUUUAUUGGGAGUUGACAUGGUUGUGGGCACCGAGAUUGCCACCUAUAGAGGUAGAGCAACUGGGUUUGUUCGUCGUCCUGGGGUACUGGUGGGAGAUAAAAAGGCUGAUGGUCUUCGGAAGGCGUUUGGAGAGGCACAACCAGAGAUUGGACUGGGUGAUAGGCACACUGAUUUUCCCUUCAUGGCUAUGUGCAAGGAAGGCUACAUUGUGCCACCCAAACCACACGUUAGGGCAUUUCCAAGCAAGAAGCUCCCGAAACCAAUAAUCUUCCACGAUGGUCGCCUAGUCCAAAAGCCAACACCACUCAUGGCGCUGCUUAUCGUUCUCUGGGUCCCCAUCGGCUUCAUCUUAGCUUGCUUACGUAUCGCCGCCGGUGCCCUCCUCCCAAUGCCACUGGUUUAUUACGCUUUCUGGGCACUCGGCGUUCGUGUCACCGUCAAAGGCACCCCACCUCCCCCGGCCAAGAAAUCAACAGGUCAAUCCGGCGUCCUCUUCGUUUGCUCCCACAGAACUUUACUCGACCCAAUAUUCCUCUCCACAGCUCUCGGCCGUCCCAUUCCCGCAGUCACCUACUCAGUGUCGAGACUCUCAGAAUUCAUUUCACCCAUCAAAACCGUCAGGCUUACACGAGACCGAGCCAAUGAUGCCUCCAUGAUAAAGAAGCUACUCGAAGAAGGUGACUUAGCCAUAUGCCCCGAGGGAACCACCUGUAGGGAACCGUUUCUCUUGAGGUUUUCAGCAUUGUUUGCAGAACUAACGGACCAGCUUGUGCCGGUGGCGAUGGUUAACCGGAUGAGCAUGUUUCACGGAACCGCGGCUCGGGGGUGGAAAGGGAUGGACCCGUUUUACUUCUUCAUGAACCCUAGCCCAGCUUAUGAAGUAACGUUCUUGAAUAAGUUGCCAUUGGAGCUAACGUGCGGUUCAGGGAAGUCUAGCCAUGAGGUGGCAAAUUACAUUCAGAGAGUGAUUGCUGCAACUCUUUCGUAUGAAUGCACGAACUUUACGAGGAAGGAUAAGUACAAGGCUCUUGCUGGGAACGAUGGAACUGUGGUUGGGAAACCUUCGUAUACACCCAACAAAGUAAUGGGAUGCUGAUUUUCGAGUUUUAAAUG